CGGAAACACAAGCAGCAUAAAUAUUCUUCUUUUUCUCAAUUUGUUUUGCAUCAAAGCUGAGAGAACAAAUACAUAUAUAAAAGAGCUUUGAGAUCUAAAUCGCUUUACAACAGCUUCUUGAUCGUCUCUCUGCACUUUCAUUUGUUUCAAUGAAAAUCUAAUUCAUCCAAGCAAAUAUUCGUGUCCAUUUUUUCUUUUCUUUUUUUCUUUCUUUUUUGGCUUAAUUGGGUAGAGAGGUCUUGUACUGUAUUUGUUUCUUAAUUGGGUUUCCAAAGAUAUGGCAGUAGAACUUGUUACAGGAGCUGUUGUGGGGGGAGCUUUUGGAGAGGGAUUUGCUAUUUUGCAUGAAACGGUUAAGACUGUUGUAGGCCAAGCCAUUAUGUUCAAAUCCAUUCUUGAAGACUUAGAAUCCACGCUAGAGCGUAUAGCACCAGUGGUCCAAGAGAUAAGACAAUUAAGCCUAGCUCUUGAUCGCCCAGAAAGGGAAACAAAGAUCUUGACAGAACAAAUGAAGAAGGGUGCGAAGCUGGUUCGCAAGUGCUCCAAAAUCCAGUGUUGGAACUACUGUUUCAAAUCCCAUUACGCAAGCAAACUUUCGGAGUUGAACGAUGCCAUUGAAAAGUUCUGUCGUGUUGAUUUGAUAGUACAGAGCGCAAGGACUGGGUUGGAGACUCUGACCAAGGUGGAUCUUAUUUUGGAUAAAGUGAGUAAUCAGAAUUCGGACGUGAAGAGGAAAUAUGGGGUACGGACACUGUCGUGUGCGGUUCCUAGGCCCCGGGAUUUUAUUGUUGGGUUACAUAUUCCAUUGAUGGAGUUGAAGGAGAUGCUGUUGAAGAAAGAGGAGUCGCUGCUUCUAUUGACUGCUCUUGGAGGUUGCGGGAAGACCACUUUGAUCCAAAUGCUUUGUUGGGAUCAUGAAAUUAAAGGCAUAUAUAUGGACAAUAUAUUUUUUGUCAGCGUUUCAAAAACUCCCAACUUGAAGGUCAUGGUACAAAAAUUGUUUAGUCAUAAUGGUGAUGAGUGCCCUGAGUUUCAAAGUGAUGAAGAAGCAAUCAACCAGUUGGAGCAACUGCUGAAUCAAAUUGGACCAAAACCUAUAUUGUUGAUCUUGGAUGAUGUCUGGCCUGGCUCAGAAUCCCUUGUAGAGAAGUUCAAGUUUGAUAUUCCAAAUUACAAGAUUGUGGUGACUUCAAGAACUGCAUUUCCAAGAUUUAGGUUUAGAUAUAACUUAAAUCCAUUAAAUCAUGAAGAUGCUAUGAAACUUUUUUAUAACACAGCAUCAUUGCAAGACGGAAGCUCUUACAUCCCAGAAGAAGAUAUCGAAAAGAUAGUAAGAGGUUGUGGGGGGUUGCCAAUAGCCCUUAAAGUGAUUGGUGGUUCACUCUCUGGGCAACUUCCAGAGGUUUGGGACAAUACACUAACGAGAUGGUCUGAUGGUCAUUCUAUUUUUGAAUCUGAUACUGAGGUGUUUGCUUGUCUCCAAAAAAGCCUAGAAUUUUCUACCGAUAAGAUCAUCCUCAAAGAUUAUUUCAUGAACCUAGGUUCAUUUCCUGAAGACCAAAAGAUCCCUGUUACAGCCCUCAUUGAUAUAUGCACGGAAUUACAUGAACCAAACAAGGAUGAUGUCCAUGUUAUUGCCAAUUUACAUGAACUCAAUACUCGGAAUUUGGCUAGUCUUGAAAUGACAAGGAAAGAUGCAAGUAAGGUUAACAACUAUUACAAUGAAGACUUCAUCACACAACAUGAUGUUCUUAGAGACCUAGCUAUCCAUUUGUGCAGCCGUGAGCCAAUAACAGAAAGGGAAAGACUGAUUGUGGACAUAAAUGGAAAUAAUCUACCAGAGUGGUGGAUGGAACAGGAGCAACAACUCAUCAAUGCACGCUUAUUAUCCAUCUCAACUGAUGAAUUGUUUUCGUCAAGUUGGUGCAACAUUCAAGCACCCAAAGUUGAGGUUUUAGUUCUAAAUUUUCACACAAGGAAUUAUAUCAUACCUGAGUUUGUGGAGAAAAUGGUUAAACUCAAGGUUAUAAUUGUCACUAAUUAUGGGUUCUUUCCAGCUGAAUUAAGCAAUUUUCAACUACUCAAUUCCCUCCCCAAUCUAAAGAGAAUUAGAUUAGAGAAGGUUUCAAUUCCAUCCCUUUGCAGUACCCCUGUACCUUUAAGGAGUCUGAAAAAAAUAUCGUUGUUCAUGUGUAAUAUUGGUCAAGCUUUUGGGAAUUCUACUGUACAGGCUUCAGAUUCAUUGUCAAAUCUAAAAGAGAUAAACAUCGACUAUUGCAUUGAUCUGGUAGAAUUACCUGCAUGGUUGUGCGAGGUUCUCCACCUAAAAAAACUCAGCAUCACCAAUUGUCAUAAACUAUCUGAAUUGCCCGAUGGAAUUGGAAACUUGGUGGAUUUAGAAGUGCUAAGGUUUAGGUCUUGUACUGAAUUAUUAGAGUUGCCAGAGUCAAUCAAAAGUCUUCAUAAGUUACGCAUUCUUGACAUAUCUGAUUGCCUAAGCAUUAUCAAGUUGCCAAAACACAUCGGUGAGUUGCAUAAUUUAGAAGAGCUACACAUGAAAGAGUGCUUGAAACUGCGUCAGUUGCCACCAUCAACUAUGGCUCUCGAGCAAUUGAAGAUUGUGGUAUGUGACGAAGAGAGGGCCAUGUUAUGGAAGCCUUUCAAGGAAUUCCUUUCCAAUUUAAAGGUUAUAAUGGCUAAGAAAGAUAUCAACUUGAAUUGGCUUCCCAAAUCAUGAUUUUUGAGAUCUGUUUCUUCUUUGGAAAAUUUUGUUGGCUUAUUUUGGAUUGUUCUCUUCAAUUUUUUGUUCCCUUUUUCUUUUUUCUUUUUUUCUUCUGUAAAGAUCAUUAAAUAAGCGGCCUAGUACACCAGAAGAGGAAUUUUUUAAAGAGUUGCAGUUGUAAAUAUAAUAUUGUACCCCUUAACAGUAUUGGGAAAUUUAAU